UUGGAGAGAAGAAGAUUAUUGGUUUGGGAAUUUUGAUACUAAAAAAAACAAGCAGAAUAUAAUAAUGUACGAUAGGAAAGAGGCGAGACAAAACUCUUUGCAAAUAUAAAAAGGGUGUGAGAGCAAAAAACUCGUACAAUAUAAUUGGGCUCAAGAUGCAUUCAGGUCUAUCUGAGAGUGUCGGCGGCGGCCGCGACUCCCUCCCACUUCUGCAAUAAAAGGUGGCGCGCCCGUUGCGGAAGGCGCAUUCGGCACAGACAAAAUGCAGACGACGGACGAGCGACUCUUCGACUGGAGCGACUACCUCGUUUUCGCCGGCAUGCUGGCCGUGUCGGCGGCCAUCGGCCUCUACCACGGCUGCCGACGACGCGGACAAUCGUCGGCCGAGUUCCUCACCGGCAACGGACAGCUCGGCACGAUUCCGGUCGCCCUCAGCAUGCUCGCCAGUUUCUUGUCUUCAAUCACGCUGAUGGGUCAACCGGCGGAAGUUUAUCUAUUCGGGCCGCAGCUGUGGAUUUUUGGCUUGGCCAGUUUCGCUGCUAUUCCUUUAACCGGAUAUGUGCUCAUUCCCUUGUACCGCGAAAUGCGCCUCACAUCGGCCUUUGAAUACAUCGGAAGGCGCUUCGACCGCUGGCUGCAGCUCUUCACCUCCACCCUUUUCUCCCUUCAGAUGGUCAUCUACCUUGCCCUGGUGCUUUACGCACCAGCCAUGGCUCUACACCAAGUUACUGGUAUAAAUACAGAGAUUGUGGUCACCGUCAUGUACCUCGUUUGCAUUCUGUACACAACUAUUGGUGGUAUGAAAGCCGUGGUGUGGACGGACACUUUCCAAGUAUUGGUCCUUUACUCAUCUAUGCUAGCAAUUCUGUACAAAGGCACAGCGGACCUUGGAGGAUUCAGCGUCGUUUGGGAGCGCAACGCCGCUGCAAACCGGACACAAUUCUUCAACUUCGACAUGGAUCCGACAGAGAGAUACACCUUUUGGGGAUCAUUGGUUGGCGCAGCUUUUCUUCACUGCGCUGUCUACGGCGUCAACCAACUCCAAGUUCAAAGAUACCUCACCGUGCCGACUGUGGAAGCGGCAAGAAGAAUGUUGUGGAUCAAUGCUUUUGGCUGGACCUUCGUAGUUGCAAUCACAGUUUACGCUGGAAUGUUGAUUUUCGCCCAAUAUUUUGACUGCGACCCUCUAGUCACCGGCGGAGUGUCCAAACCUGACCAAUUAUUUCCCUUAUUUGUGAUGGACAUUCUUGGCACCGUCCCGGGAUUCCCGGGCCUCUUCGUAGCCGGGAUUUUCAGUGCCGGUCUGAGCACCGUGUCAACAGGUGUCAACUCGCUGGCCGCAAUCUGGCUGUCGGAAAUCAACGGCGUGUUUCUCAAGAGCGAGAUGAGCGAAAAAAGGGCCGCGGUGGUGGUCAAGGUUCUGGCCCUCGGCUUCGGUCUUGCCUCCUUCUUCCUCGUCUUCCUUGUGCCCUACAUGGGUGGACUUGUUCCUGUUGCCGUUUCACUUUCGAGCUUCUUCUCAGGCGCUCUGUUAGGCGUGUUUCUUCUCGGUAUCUACUGCCCUUGGGCUAAUUCAUUGGGCGUAGGAACUGGGCUGGUAGCUGGGGUAGUUCUGGUCGGUGGAAUGACGGUAGGAUCACAGAUUGCGGCGGAGAGUGGACAAGUUUUGUUCACACCUCUUCCCACCAGUAUUGAGGGAUGCGACAACUCAACCUUCACCUCCGCCCUUCUACCUCAUGCAAGCGAGUUGCGUCAGGAAGCUCAUGUUCUUCUUCGGAUUUCCUUCCUUUGGUACUCACUUAUUGCCACCGUGUGCACGGUGGUCGUGGGACUGGUGGUUAGUUUUUUGACGAGAAAGACAAGCCCCUCAUUACCUUCAGGAUCUCGUUUGCUCCACAACGCAACCAUUUUCGCCAACAAUCGGCCCAAGGAGCAAGAAAUGACUCAGCAAUUUAAAACACCUUCGUCAGUCAUCGUCUGCUGGAGCAGUAAUGACCCGACUGAAAUUCCGGCUACGCCAUCAGGCAUUGUGAACGAAGCAUUCUGCUCUGUAGUGGAAAUGACAGAGAACACGACAGGAACUUAAAAGGGCCAUGCUAUAGAUAUCGAGAAGAAGAUUUUUUUUUUAAAUUUAGAAAUAUUUUUAUUAUAAAUGCUCAAACAAUUGAAAUACAUAGCAAUAUACUCUGUAAAUAAAAUUUGUGAUACACAUAAUGAAUAAUUUAACAAUAAUAAAAAUAAUUUGUGCCUUCUUUGCCCAUACAUAAUAUUAUUGGCUUUUAGAUUAGAUUAUGUUAAUUCAUUUAUUUGAUCAAAAAAAUACAGUCAUUAUCAUUAACGAGCACAGUAAUACCAAAACACAAGUUAUUAUUGCUCUUAGAACAUUCACUAAAUUUGUGCCCUAAAAAUUAGAACCUCUCUGGUAAAACAAAUUAUCAUAUUAUAACUUCUUUUUAACAUGUUUUUCAUGCAGAGUAGAACAAAAAAUUUCUAACAUCUUCUCUCCUAUGUAAUAAAUAUUUCAAUCGUCAAAAUAUAAGGAAAACAUUAUGAUGGACAUUAUGCGCAAAAUAUAUUUUAAUUUUGUCGCAAAAAUUAAAUAAGCGAGAUA